UUUAACUUCGCCAUUUUCUGGAAGUCACGAUGAGAAAGAAACAGACUUCGGAAACCCAAUGACAUGGCUUGACCAUUUGUCAUUAUAUGUCCUUGAUCUAUUUCUAUAGACCUGCUAUUUUACUCAGCUGUUAUAUUGAAUUGCUGAUUAAUUUUACAGUAAAAGAUACUUUCCACCUAAGGAAUGAGAGUACAGGCUACAGAAACUACACCAACCUACAGCAUGGGAAAGAAUAAAAAGCAUAAGAUACGCAAGACAAAAGAGGCGUCUGACUCAUCAGACGAUGGAUCAGUACCAACAUGUAACCAUGUGAACAUGUCUGUUAAUUUUGCUCAGAUGAAGAAGGGAUUAGGUAAACAGACCUUUGGAGAAUGUUUAUCAUGUAAUAAAGACUCCACCAGUAGCAAACGUGGGGAUAAGUCAUGUGAUGGUAUGGCUGCCAGUGCCAUGACAACAGAAGAUAGUCUGCUAUCAGAGAUGGAACCCACAAUGUGGGUGUGUUUACAUUGUGGACACCAGGGCUGUGACAGGAACUCCCAUGAGAAGCAUGCGCUAAAGCAUUAUGAAACACCAAGAUCCAGUAGCCACUGUAUAGUGAUCAAUACUUCAACAUGGUCAACAUGGUGCUAUAAGUGUGAUGAUGCUGUCCCAGUAGAAAAGAAUAAGAAAAUACAAGAAUGUUUAGACCACCUUCGUAAGCAGUCUGGUCUACCAAUUAUAGAAUCUGGUUCAGCUAAAAGAACCAGUAGUUUUGGAGCAUCAGGGACCAGUACUGUAGAACAAGUUAAAGAAACCAGUAACAGACCUUUGACCCCUAGAGGACCAACUCCUGGUGUUUGUCAUAAAUUGAAGGGUCUGAGUAAUUUAGGAAAUACCUGUUUCUUCAAUGCAGUGAUGCAAAAUUUGACACAAACUCAGUCCUUAGAAAGUUUGGUACAAGAGAGAAGUAAGAAAGGAAAGUCUGUGAAUAUAGAUAGUAAACAGUUAAGUGAUACAGAGGAUGAUGAGGACGAGGAGAGAAAAGGGGAUAUCACUGCACUUAAAGAACUGCCUCCUAUGGAAAUAGUUUUACCUGAAGCAGGACCUUUAACCCAGUCAAUGGUUCAUUUUCUACAAGAGAUGAAUAAUAAUUCUAAUCGUAACAGUACAGUUAAUCCUUCAGCAUUAUUUAGUCAGAUAUGUAAAAAGGCACAAAGAUUUAGAGGAUUCCAACAACAAGACAGUCAUGAACUUUUACGAUAUUUACUGGACAGUAUGAAAAUGGAAGAAAUUAAGAGGUCACAGGCAGCCAUCUUAAAACAUUACAGACUUCCUGAAAAUAUAAAUCCUAAGAAAGUUCCUGAAGAUAUAAAAGUUAAAAUAAAAGAAUAUGGUAGAUUGGUCAAACACACAUUUGUAGAUACUAUGUUUGGUGGACAUUUACUCAGUACAGUUAUGUGCGAGGAAUGUAAACAUAUAAGUCAGAUAUUUGAACCAUUCUUGGACCUGUCUUUACCAGUCACUGAAGAAAAAACUCAAAGGCCAAACCUAGCACUAGGCGCCAGAAGGAAAGAGUCAGAGCAUAAGAUAGAUGAAAGUGUCAAAACUGAUGGUGGCAAACAAUACAAAGCAACCAGACAAAGUAAACAAGAGAUGAAAAAACAGAAAAGACUAGCAAAGAAAGAUGCAAGGAAGAAGAGUAAAGUUUCUUUGACAAAAUCGACACAAGAAUCUACUGGUCAAGAAGUUGAAGGGGAAGGAGAUCAGGAUAAUGAGCCUGAGGGUGUAGAUGAUGAAGAGGAGGAGGAUGAGGAUAAGAAGUCAGAAGGUCAGAAGUCAGGGGAGCAGGAUGAUAAUUCCAGUAGUAAGGAUGAUCCUUCGGAUGCAGAUAUAGAAGAUAAUUUAGAGAGUGAUAUAUCCCGAGUUCUAAGUAUGGAUACCUCUGUCAAUUUAUCUGCCGAGGAUGUAGGUAGUAAUAAUUCAACCACCUCCGUAUCAGAGAACACAAUGAACAGUAGUACAUCCACAGUACAAGAUACUACUGAUAGUACAUUGAGUAGUAGUACCUCCACUAUACAAGCUGACAGUAGUGUUACUGAUGUACUAAAUACAGAUUCUAACAAUACUUUGAAUAAUGUAUCAGCCUCUGCAUCAUUAAAUGAUGUAGGAGGUGAUAAGAUAGAGGAAGGUAAAGAACUAGUUAAACCAAAGGUGAUUGCCAAUGCAACUCUUGAUGAUGUUCAGGGGGAUGUAGUUAAUGGAUACUGUAAUGAUUUUCAUGAUGAUGAGGUGUUUGAAAAUUUGAAUAGUUUAGAUAAUGCAAAUACUCUAUGCAAUGGUAUGGAUGCUGAAACCAAAUCAGACUGUCAUGGGGUUAUGAGGAGCAAAGUAGAAACAAACGUUCCAUCUUCAAAUAAUGUCAUAAAUAGUGCUAGUGAAAAUAAAAGUGGAAAAAAUGUUGAAGAUAUGUCUACAAAGUUAGAAAGUUUAUCUGUUAAUGGUGCUUUGGAUACGCAAGAAUUGACUUCAAAAUUAGAAAGUUUAGAUAUAAAUUGUAGUCAGCAGAGGGAUAAAGGCAAUCAUAUACAUUUUAAUGGCUUAGAUGUGAAUUCUGAUGAAGAAAAUACCUCAAAACACGACAAAAAUAUUGAUGAUGAAAGCUGUCAAAAAUCAUCCAGAAAUUCAAAAAAUAGUCCUCCUCUUUCUAGACAAGGUUCCGCCAAGAACUCCUGUAAUAAGAGGGAUUUUAAAAAGGAAGCACAGGUUAAGUCAACUACAAUGCUUGGCACACAUUACAUUCCCUCGUCAAGAGAGUGUUCUGUGAUGUCAUGUCUGCACCAGUUUACUUCAGCUGAGUUAUUGACGGGGAACAAUAAAUUUGGCUGUGCUAAUUGUACUAAACUAAGAGACAAGAAGCAUUCAGAUGGAGAGAAGAAAGGUAUGGUGUAUUCCAAUGCCUCAAAGUAUUACUUGAUCUACACUCCUCCCCCAGUCCUCACGCUUCAUCUUAAGAGGUUUGAACAGGUUGGUUUUACCUCACGGAAGGUGAAUAGACACGUAGACUUCCCGUUUAUACUGGACAUGUCACCUUUCUGUAGUUCUAUGUGUCAGGGAGUGAAACCAGGUCAGAAGAAAAUUCUGUACUCUUUAUACGGAGUGGUCGAACACAGUGGGAGAUUGAAUGCUGGUCAUUAUACAGCUUAUGUUAAAGUCAGACCAAAUAUUGGAAUGAUAUCAAAUCACUAUAACCAUUCAGGCCCUUCAUUUAAUGACUAUAUUCAGAGGUACACUGAACGUCUUGUAAAUAAUGGACCAAAGGAAAAUGUAGAAGAUAUUGACGAAGUCCAGGAAGAGAAGUUAGUCCCUCCUGGUCGCUGGUAUCAUAUUAGUGACAGUCGUGUCAGUGAGGCUACGGAAUCUACUGUACAGAGAGCUCAGGCUUACUUACUAUUUUAUGAACGUAUUUAUUAACCAAAGAAUACAUAUAUAUAUUAUUGCUGUCAGCAACUUGUUAAAUUUGCUUUUAGGUGAUUGUAGGUUUAUGGGAAGAAUUUAGGGGGUAAUGAAUUUGUCCUUACUAUUAAAAGGUUUGGUAUUGUUAACUUGAUUAAUUUAAAUCAUUUUCUUUCAUAUCUCAAUGUAAUAAAAAUAGAAAGAAUAUUGGUAUAGCCUCAGGUGAAGUGAGGGCAGAACAUUUUUUUGUAUUUUGAAACACAUAUAUAUGUAUAUAUUACAUUUGUAUUCAAGGUUAAUCUCUGUACAUGACUUUAUUUUAUCUUUACUAAGGUUAUUUGCUUCCCUUCUCUGCUAAUAUUUACUUUGAUAUGGUGUAAUAGGAACUCAGUAAUUUGAUUGCAUUUCCAACGUAAACUUUCAGUUAUUUCCCCAAGCUCUGUUUUGAAGUUUCUUACACCAUAUGUAUGGCUUGUGCUGUUGCAGAAUUCUUUCUCAAUACAUAUAGCAAAUGUAUAGUAAGGAGAAAAAUCUACAUUUAUAAUAGAUUUGUUAUUAGCUGUUAAAAUCUGUUAAUUUAUUUGUUUUGUUUGCAUAAUGUGUUCUAUUUUUUUUUUUAUCAUAGAUGUCAAGCUUCUAAAAUCUUAAUCCAGAGAAAAAUAUCUUAAUCAAACAUUGUGUGUUGAUAUACAUAUUUUGUACCCUUGUAAAAUGUCUGAAGUUAACAUACCAAUAAUCCAGGUCACUAGUUCAGAGUUUUGAGAAAUAAACCAACAUCUCAGAUUCUUGACCAUUUUGAUUUUCUACAGUUCUAUACACACAUUAGACCACAAAAGUUCUGUUAAUACCAAUAUUUUAGCCAUAAUGAUGGCAGGUGCCUCAGUGGCCCUGAGGUUUAAGUAACUCAUUUAUCUAUAGGUAUUGUGAACUAAACACUGAGGUUGUGAGUUUAAAUCCUGAUUGUGGCAGGUGUGGUGGACUAAUAUAAUAAUUGACUAGGAUUGACAGUUCUCAUAACAAAGGUCAGUGGACCAUGUACUGCAGCUUCCUCAAUCAGUAAAAACUGACCACAUGAUAAAACUAAUAAAUUGAGAAUUAAAAUGGUGAAUACUGUGGAUUCAUUUAUUUUCGUGGGUACCAAUUUUCGUGGUUUGAGGAAAACUUACAUAUUCGUGGAUAUUUAAUUUAGUGGUUUUGGCAAUGACUACACUCAUUCCUUUACAAAAUUUGUAUUUCGUUGAACAUUUGAAUUCAUGGUUCUCCUGUACCCACGAAAUCCACGAAAAUUGGUAUCCAACAAAUAUUAAUAAAUCCACAGUAUGGCAAAGAGACAACAACUCAACCAAAGAGCAGACAACAACUGAAGGCCACCAAUGGGUCUUUAAAGCAGCAUGAAAAUCCCACACCCAAAAGUGGUCCUCUGAAUGAUGAAAGGGGCAUAAAA